AUGGGCUCUGGAGGGCCAGCUUCUCCGGAACACACCAGGCCGGUAGACCAACCUCAGCGCCCUGAUUCUUCUGACAGCACUGCCUCUGAAUCUUCACUGCUUCCUCCUCUUACUAUCCCAAAACGUCCUCUGUACAAUGUCAGCCCGCUCCCUAGCCCCGGGGGUCCUCGAACUCCUUCGGCCAGUGUCGCCAGCCCGAAUGGAAGCAACGCAUCCCUCCCCGGCUUUUUGCGCCCGUCUUCCUCUUUAAUGCCUCAGAAUGAGCCAUCACAGAGAAGGCCCUCCCCAUUGACCCUGAACGAUUCGCAGAGACACCGUCGUCAGCACUCCCAGGGCUUUUUUGAGCCUAGCCUGCCCACUGCGUCUAUGUCCGAGCUCACACCCACGAAUACAUCGCCAAUGUCUGCAUCAAGGAUUGCCGCUCAAGCCGCUAUGCAACAUCAGUCUACCUCGCAACAACCCCGUAGCCGGUCUUCAACGAUCCCUCCCCACCAAGAUGUUAGCCAAACUGCUCAAAAAACAUCGCCUGGAGCACCGGCGCCAAUACAAUACCAGAGUGGAGGUCGUGCUUUUGCAGCUACAACUGCAGCAAAUCUUGUUUUCCCUAGAACUCAGGCCAUUCUACCAGCCACACCUCCAAACCACGAGACCGCACCUACGAAACCGAAGGCAGAGAAGUCGAAAAUGAAAUCGUUUCUGAAGCCAAAACAUAUUGGAAUCUCGCGGGAUAAGGACAAAGAUAAGGAUAAAGACAAAGAAAAGGAUCACGACCGUCGUGAAAAGCCCACUCCCUCGCCGAGCAAGCUAGUUCCAAGUGGCCUCUCACGUAUUGUCAAUGUCUCCACUGCUAGCCUGAAUGAAUCUGUUCUGUCAGGCGGCUCGUCCAUGUACACUUUCACAAACUCCUCUGUAGCAACUGUUGUUCCUCCUGACAAGCAAGCGACUAACGAGAAAGAAAAAGAGAAAGACAAAGAGAAGGAAAAGCAUCGACACCAUUUUCUGUCGCGUCCAAAGUUGAAGCUGAAAGACAAAGACGACCACUUCCAUCUCCCUCUCUCAUCUGCAAGCAGUAACUCGAGACCUCUUGACCCAAACGCCCCGCAAUCCUUAUAUUCCUUUACCCCAUCCUCUCCUUCUUCAACCACUUUCAGCAAAUCUGUUAGCGGCCUUGACCUCCGCCACGGCGGUCGAGCCUUGCGUGAAAAGAGAAAAAUGGAAGAGAAGUCAUCGGCUUCCCAUGAUGCUACAGUCGCUGAUCAGCCUGAUUUUUCCGGUAGCCUAGGCACUGGGGUCGCAGCUUGGUCAACAUUUAUUGGAACCGGUGUUCCUGGAGCGUCGAUGCAAAGCAAAGAGGCAGCAAUGCGAGAAGCACUCGGAAGUUUUGGUAUCGCAAAUCUAGCCUUCGAAGACGCGUGGGAUUUUUUAAAAGCAAAACUUCUUGUCCUUUUCGAAGGCGAAGAGGUUCGAAUCGCAAUCGAAGAUCUUAACAAGCUUGUGUCCGUUCACAUACUCCGAGCAUUUCAGCGUCGGGUUCCCAAUGUACUUGUAGAGGACCUAAGAGAUCUGCUUCAGACCGGCUUCGCUUCUCUUAACCAUACCUUAAGCUCGGUCCCAGACGAGAAUUUCAUGACCCAUCUUGUGCAAGUAUGGACGUAUACCUAUGGAACUAUUGUUCCUUUUAUUCAGGCUGUUUUUUUUCCGUUGGACCUUGAAUUCAAAGGCCGUGGUAAAAUUAUGGAACCUCAAGAAGCCAGAGAAUUCUGGGGCACCCUUCCUGACGGCGGCGGUCCUGCUGGUGAGAAAUUGAAUGUGAACGAUAUUAUUUUACUAUCAUUCCGUGAUAAUAUCAUUCUUAGCCGCUUUGAGACCUUGAAAGCUAUGUUCUCCCGGUUUAUCAUUGAUCGAGUCAACACCAAUAUUGGUGCCUUGGGCACAUCCUCAAAUAGUGGCGCGAGUCGACCAGGAACGGCCUCAGCCCUUGAUGUUGGGAGUUACAACUCUCAGUCUUCCAUGAUCUUUAAUGCUGCUGGUAGCCAUCCUUCCGAGUCUCACUUGACCAUGUCCCGUGCUCGUGCUGAAUCGAACACCUCAUCAAACCCUGACCACCCGGUUUUUCAAUCUUCUAUCGUAUCAAAGCCAACAGACGGAUCCAAUGUCUUUGCAGAAACUGUGGCUCGAGUCCAGCAAUGUAUUUGUGUUAUUGCGGGUGUUUACACUGGAGACAGCGCCCAGGCGCAAAUCGACGAGCUUCGCCAAUCCCUUAACCUUAAUUGGCUGGGCAGGGGCCGUACUGGCCGUGAUCGCCGUGGAUUUGUGGGAACGCGAGUUCGGCCACCCAUGCCAAGUGCGCAAGCAGGUGAGACCCCAACCCGGGGAGAGUUUAUGGUGGGCCGUGAGAGGGCUGUGAGGCGCCCAAGCAAGGACUCCACCAGCCUCGUCGAAGAGGAAGAAGGCCCAAAGAACAAAAAUGAGGGCCCUCCACCCCUCACUCUCCCAGCUUGA